UUGUUCAAUUUUAGCAUAAAAAACGAGAUGUUUUAAAUUAAUUGGGCUUUCAAAAUGUUAAUUGUUAAUGUCAUCAUCGAGAAUUAACAAGGGUCAAGAUGAGUGAAUGAAGAUUUGGGAGGAGGAAAUGGUUAGGAAGGUUGGUAAUAUAGUUUAUUGGUUUGUAUUUAAGAAACAUGGUUAACUUACCAAGAGAUUUUAGUAUUAGUUUCAUUGGUGAGUCAACAACGACUGAAUAAAUUGUUGACUGUAAAGUAAACGUUGUAACAAACAGGAUUAAAUUAUUUAUUAGCGUGCUAAAAUGGCGAGGAUCAUUGAGUUUCACAUAAAGCUGGUGAUCAUCCUCAUAGCUGUUCAUUGUUCACUAUCAAUGAUGCCUUCAAAAAAUUUUGACUGGGAUUCCAACAGUUUCAUGGACUUAAAAAAUAUUCAAAUACCUGAUGUUUCAUUUGAUCAAAUUCUGUCAUCGAAGUCCAAAAGUAAUCAGCAGAUCCAAGGAGUGCCUGAUACUAAACCUUUAUCAUCUCCUAGAAAAGAUUCAUUAUUUGAUUUAGAUGGGUUCAAUAACUCACCUCCGCCAUCUCAACCACUUGAGCAGCAACGACCAAAAUCCCUGCCAAACUUGCCCUCAAUCGACUCUAAAUUUCACGACCAAGGGUCACGUUUAGAAAACAAACCAGUGCCUUCAAAGAAACUAGGAUGGGACUAUGAACCAGAUUUCGAUGUAUUUCACAAAGGGCCACAGGGUGUUGUCAGGAGCUGGCAUACAAAAGAUGGUAAAGGAGACGAUCAUAUUUGGCAUACCAAAGAAACUCACCAUCACCAUCAUCACCACCACCACCAUGCAUCAGAAGAAGACCACGAACAUGAACAUGGUCACAAACAUGACAAUUGGCAUAAACAUGAUCAUGUAAGUUUUAAUCAUCUUUCACUAUUAAUUCAAAGUUCUAGUUUUUAA